CAUCAAGCCACAUAUGCGCCUUCGACAAGCCGUCUCGCGAUGUUCAUGUUGUGUAAUGUCGCUGAGUCAGCACCGAGUCGCCUGGCUAUUUCGGAAUCAACCGAUGCUAAAAUGAGCUCCCAACCAUUGCCAAGUCAUGGACCCUCUGUCCGCACUCUCUGUCGCUGCUAGCGUGGUUCAAUUUGUGGAUUUUGCCUUCAGAAUAUUGUCUGAUGCACGUCAGCUGUACGAAGAUGGCGAGCUUAGUGUUAAUAUACAGAGCAGCAGAGUCGCCUCCGAACUGGGGAGCUGGAGUAAGGACUUGCGCAGAUCCAUUCGUGAACAAAGUUCGACUUCUCUCAGCAACAACGAGCAAGAACUUGAAACAUUGUGUAGAGAUUGCGCUGCCCUUGCAGGUGACUUGAAGGCACGAGUGGAGAACCUCAAGCCUGCCGGGAAGGGGCGUCCUUGGGAAAGUGUUGGCCAAGCACUCAAGAGCAUGUGGUCCAGGAAAGAGUUGAACGAGGUAGAAGCGAAGCUCUCCACAUAUCGAGAUGCGAUAAACUCACGUUUGCUUGGAUCAUUACGCGAACGUGUUGAUCGCGUCCUGAAGGAGCAGUCCCUUCAAACUCUAGCUAUCAACAAGAACACCGAAAAGCUGGUUGCCAGCGCUUUGCUUGAUAUACAUGCUUCAUUGGCGCGAAACAUGCAAGAGCAAAGUGUCAUUCUGCAAAGUCUGUCUGAUCGAACACAAGCGCCGAAGAUUUCCGACACCCAGGACCCAGUUACGUCUGGUAUACUGAAUCGAUCCCGCGGUAUCGCGAAAACCGAUGAGGAGGCCGGAAUCUUUCUCUCGAUCCAAUACGACGAAACCCAGCUACAUAAGAGGAUAGCUCACUCAAUUACCGAAAGCUUGCGGUACGAAAAACUAGACGAACGGUAUGAAACAGUCACUGAGGCCCACCAAAAGACCUUUGAGUGGAUCUUGAAGCCGAGGCAGAAUGACGACGGGGUUAUUUGGAGCGAUUUUGUCCAGUGGCUUCGGGAAGGCGACGAUCUUUUCUGGAUCACUGGUAAACCUGGAUCUGGAAAAACGACACUGAUGAAAUUCAUCUACGAGAACCCCGCGACCGAGGAGCACUUGCGCAUUUGGUCGAAAGACACACCUCUGUCUGUUGCGGGAUUUUUCUUUUGGUGGGCUGGCACUGAAAAGCAAAGAUCUCAAGAAGGCCUUCUUCGCACGCUGCUGUACAGUCUGCUUCGACAAAUGCCUGUUCUCGUCCCGUACGUGUUUCCAUCGCAAUGGGCAGGUCGGUACGCUUCCCUGACUGGGCUGAGGAAGCUUGAGGUGCACCAACAAUGGAGCCUCGGGGUUUUGACGAAAGGAUUUCAGAGACUUAUCACGCAACGUGAAAUCCCAAUGAAACUUUGUCUAUUCAUAGAUGGGCUCGAUGAGUACGAAGGACGCGAAACUGACAUUGCCGACCUCUUCAAGGAUGUUGUCCUUUCAUCUCAGGUUAAGGUCUGUGUGAGCAGCCGCCCUCAUGUAGCCUUCGAAACUGCCUUUAAAACCCGACCAAAACUCAGAAUGCAAGACCUCACCCGCCAGGAUAUACAUCUUUAUAUCACAGACCGUCUGGUCCACGAUAAAAUGAUGGAGGAGUUGUCUCUCCAAGAACCUAUUGCGUGCGCAAAGCUAGUCGAAGAAAUCAGUGAGGCAGCUCUCGGCGUAUUCUUAUGGGUUGAGCUGGUGGUGAAAUCUCUCCUCAAUGGGCUCAGCAACAAAGAUCGUAUCGAGGACUUGCUGAGAAGAUUGAAGGCUCUCCCUCGGGGCUUGGCCGCCUUCUACGAACAUAUAGUCAUCAACAUCGACAGCAUAUACCAAGAAGAAGCAUCUCGCUUGUAUCAGUUAAUGGCGGUCACGCUGGAAUGGCCGGACGAUUGGACACCUGCACAACAACUUACAUUAGUCUCAAUGUACUUAUCAACACACCAAGAGGAACUACAGGGUCGGGACUUCGCGGUCGCCUUCCGAGACAAAUCCUUUGUGCUAGGUAAAUGUAAGGAGACGGACGUCUUUCUGAGAACCCGUUGUGGUGGUUUGCUCGAGUUGCAAUACGGACUCGGAAGUACCGAGAUUGUACCAAGCUUGAAGGUGUCUUACAUACACAGAACAGUCAUGGAGUAUCUUGAAGAGCGAGCUACUCGACGACAACUCUUAGAUCGGACACGAGGAACAGGACAACAAACUUUCGACCCCAAUCUUGCAAUUCUCAAAGCUCUCUGCUUUCAAUUCAGUCUGGAAUCUUCUCUUCAGGAUUGGUUUGGAACUCCCGUCGCGGCUCUCGUCAUAACAUAUGCUCGAAGAGUGGACCAGAACAAGAAUAUACCGGAAUCGGAAUUGAAAAGCCUCUUCGACGACAUCGCGCAAACUCAACGCCCUCUUCUCGACAUCGCAUUGGUUCCUACACCCGACUCGGAGCGUUUCAUCCGCCCAGAAGUAGUCAAGCUCAUUCUCUCAUUUGGAGCAAAACCCAACCGGAAAUUUGAAGGCCAAAGCCCAUGGCAGAAUGGCCUCUCAUACCUCAUCACCAACCAUGGCCAUUUAAGCUCAGCCAUGAUCCAGUUUUGGGCCGAGAUUGUCAUAGUCCUACUGGAAAAUGGAGCAAAUCCCCUGACCCAGUGCCACGGACCAGAAAAAUUUGAGCAAAGAGGAAAGAGCAAGAAGAAAAUAAGUGUAGGUAAUUUAUGGACUGCCGAGGAGGUGAUUGGUCGAGUUUUCGGUGGCUCGGGAGAGCGCCCACGCCUUCUGGCGUUGUUGAAGGACAAGAGUAGGCCGGAAAAGAAAAGCAAGUGUCGUCAACAAUAG